UAUAGUAGAAAAGGCCAUCUGUAGAAAAGUAAAGUCAACUGCACCAUCUGCUGGACACUCUUGGGUAUCCAGGUUAACAAGCAUCCAGGCCACCGUAGUUAUCAUGCACUGAUCACGCGACAGGGCAGCCAAUCAAAUCACUGUGUUAUCGGAUGACUGUUAAAAUAGAACCUUUAAACUUCGUUUUGCAUGGUCAGAAAGAGAUGGUUUGUGUCGUUUUCUCCUGAUUCCUGUCAAAGUCGUGUGCGUUAAUGACCAAAAACCACAAAUACACACUCAUGCCUAUAUCCAUAUGACCAUGCACAAGUUUGUAUAGAGCAAUGCCAACAUACCAAUGUAACCGGCAAACUUGAUGGAUAUUAAAGUAACCAAACUGGAAUUCCUGUCUCCGUGUCCUUACCGACACUCCAUGGCGAUGACCAAGAAUUAUACCUAAGAAUCAGCACAACUUCCCUUCAAAUUUGGUCCUUCGAGCCGGAUCCGGGUCGUUACCAUGGCAACUCCAGAGUCUGAAAUAUCUAAAUCUGCUCCUGCCUCAUCCCAGCGCCCACGCAGAGCAAUCCAGAGGCCUGCCUUCUUAGACGACUAUGUGGUCAACUAUACUGGGAACCCAUCAGGACAGACUGUUAAACCUAAACAGAAGGUAAUGGUGACUUCAACCCCCAUCUCCUCUCACCACCUAUUUGGAACAGCUGGGGCAUCAGAAGAUUUCAUGCUGCAGAUAAUGGAAAUUACAAGGCAACAGAGCGAGACUGCUAGACGCCAAACAGAACUCUUGGAAAAAGUCCUGCUACACUGUACUCCUCAAACAUCUGCUCACUCCUCACAAGCAUCAUCUCGGCAUCAGACACCUAGAACCCAGAUCCUGAAAUCAGUGGAAAAGGGAAGGCCAAAAUACGAUGCCAGUCUUGAUGUUGUAACUCCAGAUCGUCAUCCUUGGCCACAGCCUGGGAAAACCCAAAGCACCCAACCCCCUUUCGUUGAGGAGCUGUCUCAAAUGCUGAGGAGAACCCAAAUCAGAGACACUAAUUUCCAGUCACCACCCCCAAUGAGCAGAGAGACCAGUCUGUCGACACACCAUUAUGCCUCACCAUGCUGCAGCCCCUCAGCAGAUCCGAUUAGAACACAUGUACAUGCCAGUGCAGAACCCUGGAUGAAACCAUUACCUCCUCUCCCAGACCAGAGACCGAGACAAACCACCCAGCUCCCAUACUAUCAAGUACCACCACCUUCUGAAGCUUUCCCAGUGCAAAGUCAGUUUGCUCCAGAGACUGAGCCAAUGUCAAGAAUUUCGUACCCAGUUACAACAUCUCAUCUUAGAGCUGAUGCAGUGCCCUACAUUCCCCAUCCCUCAUCAUACUGGCCUCCAACAGUAGAGGGCCCUACCUUCCCAGAUUUCAUUAAAGAAGACAGAGCCCAGUAUGUGGAACUUAGGAUCGCCCUAGACAACCUGCUUCACCCCCAAUUACCAGAGCAUUACAAAUACUCCAUCCUGCUUAAACAUGUAAAGGUACCUAAUGCACACAGACUGGUGCUAGCACAUGCAGAGUCAGUUACGCCGUAUACUAAUGCUCUACAAGCCCUUGACAGAAGGUAUGGCCGGCCCUACCAGUUUGUGCUAAGGGAGAUAGAGACUUUGGAGAAUCUGCCACCUAUCCAUGCUGGUGAUGAGCGGGCAUUUGACAGCUUUUCCCUUAGAGUCCAAGCCAUAGUCGGUAUGCUCAAAGCCUUGAAGGAGGAGGGGAUUGAAGAACUACACAGUGGAUCAAAUGUGAAACGCCUUCUGAACCGUCUUCCUCGUUCACAACAAACCCAAUUUAGGAGACAUCACCUCAAAAGAAACCCAGAUAAGACCAAGUUCUCCCUCCUCGAGUUUGCAGAUUGGCUACAGCUAGAAGCCAACUGUAUGGAAUUUGACCCAACUGAUGAGACAAAACCCAUAAAACGAGAUCAAAAGGCAGUGAUUCGGGGAUAUAGCAAACAAACGACCGUAUUGCAUGGUGUAGAACAAAGACAGGCCACAGAACCAUUACCUGAAUCCAAAGCAGUUCAUCCCAAAUUACCUACCAAGCGCAAAGCCGUCUGUCCAUACUGUUGUGCAGAACAUUACCUCAGCCAGUGUACCGUAUUCACAACAUUAACUAAGGAGCAAAUGGUUGGAUGGAUCAAAGACAAUAAACGAUGCUGGAAAUGUGCACGCUCCCACAUGGCCAAGGACUGUGACCUAAAGAAACCGUGCCAUCUUUGCCAAGCCAAACACCUCUCCAUACUCCACGACAUCAACCAAAGGAAAGGUGAGGUUACCAGUGAGAACAAUAGUCUGUACAACUCCACCACAGAGACUCUUUACUUAGACCAACCUCGUUGUGGUGGGAAGGUGUUCCUGAAAGUUGUAAAGGUUACCAUACAUCAUCAACAGAACGCUUUGGACACAUUUGCUGUACUUGAUGACGGUUCAGAGCGCACCAUUCUGCUUGACACAGCUGCACAGCAUCUAGGAUUAAAAGGCAAACCUGAGCAACUGAAUUUACGGACAGUACACCAAGACAUCAGGGCAUUGCAUGGCACUUCCGUAAACUUCAGCUUAUCCACUCCAACUGACCCCUAAGAAAAGGUUCAGCAUUCAGGGGGCCUUCACAGCUGAUCAGUUUGGUUUAGCAGAAUACACCUACCCUGUGAGUACCCUGCAGGAAAGGUACAGACACCUGAGAGGGAUUCCUAUACCACCUCUGGUGAAAGCUUGCCCACUUCUUCUUAUUGGUUCAGAUCACCCUGAGCUUAUCACUCCAAUUGAACCAGUGCGACUGGGUCCACCUGGGGGUCCAGCUGCAGUCAGAACUCGCCUUGGCUGGACCCUGCAAGGCCCUUCCAAACAUCUGCAGGAACAACUAUCAGUAUCCCAUCGUCUGUUCACAUCCAACUGCUCCCCAUCUGUAGAUCUGUUUCAUCACGUUGAACGGUUAUGGCAGAUGGACAUCCUGCCUUAUUGCUGUGAAAAGAUGGUAAUAAGGUCACAACAGGACAGAGAAGCACUGAACAUGCUGGAGACACAGACUGUCCGAGUAAAAGUAGAUGGAGUUGAACGAUACGCCACUCCACUUUUGAGAGUUAAAACUAUGCCUCUGUUACAUGCUCCAAAGGAUGCUGUUAUGUGCCAUCUCCGUAGCACUGAACGUCGGUUGGCAAAGGACCUAACAUUAGCUAACAAGUACAAAGACGAGAUCCAGAAAUUGGAGAAAAAUGGUUACGCCACUAAGAUAUCACCUGAAGAAGCAGCCCAAUCUACAGAAUCAUGGUAUCUACCCCACCAUAUUGUCACCCACAAUAGCAAACAUAGAGUGGUGUUUAACUGCUCAUACACCUACAAUGGUCAAAGUCUAAACAAGCAGCUGUUACCUGGACCUACUCUAGGCCCCUCUCUCCUUGGAGUGUUGAUCCGCUUCAGAGAACAUAGAGUAGCCAUUAGUGGAGACAUAAAGGGAAUGUUCCAUCAGGUCCGCCUGCUCCCCAGAGACAGACCCCUCCUAAGGUUCCUGUGGCGAGACCUAGAGCCAGAAAACCCACCUGAUGUGUACGAGUGGCAGGUUCUUCCAUUCGGCACAACCUGUAGCCCCUGUUGUGCGACAUUCGCAGUACAGCGACACGUUUUUACUCAUUGCCAACCUGGUGAUAAG